UAAACCCCCAAUUAUAGUCCAUUCUUUACCUACAAAACCAGAAGAAAAAAAAUUGGCAGGGACGACCUGAGGAACAUAGACACAAGUGAACAUUUAAACAUGGAAAAAGUACUAGAAUUAUUCAGUUGCAUUGUGGUUUUUGCCUUAGUUAUAAAUUAUGCUGCUGCUGAAACCUAUAAUGUUGGAGGAAAUCUUGGAUGGACAGUUCCACCUGGUGGAGAAGCUGAUUACCAAAAUUGGGCUGCUAAACAAAACUUCAAGUCUGGCGAUACUUUAGUAUUCACAUGGACUGGAAUGCACACAGUGGCUUAUGUGAGCAAAGAAGAUUAUGAAAAAUGUUCAACUACAAAUCAUAUUCAAGGCACAAGCCCAGUAACCAUUAGUAUUAGUGGUACUGGCCCUCACUACUUCAUCUGCACUAUUGGCAAACACUGUAGCCUCGGCCAGAAAAUGAACAUCACCACCGCUGGAUCGUCGGCUGCCGCCUCGGCUUUAGCCACCACUGCCUUGUCUACAUUUUUGUUGAUCUUGCCUAUUGUCAACACUUUCAUAUAAAAAUAAAAUCUAAAUUAAUUCUAUGUAAUAAUAUCAAAUCUAAUUGUGAUUAAUAUGUUAAUCUUUGAUUUCAUUGUACCAAAUAAUAGGGACAAUUUGUAAUGAAUGAAAAGCUUUAUUAAAUGGACCAUUGCAUGAGUUGUGCAGUGGCAAUAUCGAAAA